UGCUAAAACAGCAUCAUCAACAUUUAGACUUUUCCUUUUUCCGUCAGCGUUUAAACGCGUGUGGUUUUUGGUUUGGACAUCGAAAUUCUUUUUUUCAGAAAUAUUUUUUUUUGUGAAUUUAAAUCUACAAAAUGGGUCGUGUCCGUACUAAGACCAUCAAAAAAGCUUCACGUGUAAUCAUCGAAAAAUAUUAUACACGUUUGACGAUGGAUUUUCAUACCAACAAAAGAAUAUGUGAAGAAAUUGCCAUCAUACCAAGUAAACGGCUUCGAAAUCAAAUUGCCGGAUUUGUUACUCAUCUAAUGAAACGUAUUCAACGUGGCCCAGUUCGUGGUAUUUCAAUCAAAUUGCAAGAAGAGGAACGUGAACGACGUGACAAUUAUGUUCCAGAGGUAUCCGCUUUGGAAAACGCUCUGAUUGAGGUUGAUGCCGAUACAUAUGCCAUGUUGGAAGAUUUAGGUCUAACAUUGAAAAAACCGACCACAUCACCGGGUGAUUUUCGUUCCCGUAUCUAAAUGAUUAUGUAAAUCGUUCAAUUUUUUUUGAUUCGAAAAAAACAAUAAAAAAAUUGUCAAAAAAUUUAA